AUGACGCACCCAAACGACGCACUCGCCUUUGCUGGUUUCGCAGGCUGUGCCUCUGACCGCGAAUUCCACUGGCACCUCGGCUCUGACACCCCUUCCCAGUGGAAUCGUUGGCCAGGUCUCGCUAGUUGGAUAUGGCACCCAGACCCAGACUGCUCCGUUCGUCCCCUCGACGGCCCUGAUAUCGUCAGGGAUCUGGUCAUGGGCGGGGGGUGGUUGAUUCUAGGCGAUUCUAUUUCCGAGGGUCACUUUUUCUCUCUAUCGUGUACACUAUUCCCCCACGUUAUCGCAACUCCAAAUUAUACACAAAAUCCCUACUUCGACCGCGCAUGGCCUCAACACCUCUACCUCUCUCCCUCCUCCCCGCUCAUCCCCCUCCUCCAAAAGGAAGGCUUUCCACCUGGGUACAGCAUCGCCGACACCCCGCUCGUCACCUUCCGCAGGGUCGAUUUGUUGAUGAGCCAGGAAGAGCUAAAUGAACUGUACGUUGACGAGUGGCUGGAGCGCGAGGACGGCGAGGCGUUGGGGGACUCGGAAACCGUGGAGAUGUCACCCGAAGGCGAGGAGAACCCCUACGCCCCUCUCUUCUCAACCGAACAGGCAUGGUCCCUCUCCCCCUCCGAAUACCUCCCCCUCUUCCUCUCCCCCUCCUCUCCCCCCUCCCACCUCCACUACUCCACCCUCAUCCUCUCCACCGCCGGUCACUGGACCACCACGCUCCUCCAUGCAUUCCGCGACGAAUCACUGGGCGACGACGCGGGGUAUGGCAUUGCUGGCGUCUUGGGGUUCUUUGAGCGCGCGAUGGCCGUGUGGGCGGGCAGGGUGCAGGAGGCUGUGGAUGAGUAUAAUCGGGGCAAGUCUCUCAUCUUCGUUCUUUUUUCAAAUUCAUCUCUUCAAUCCACCAAACCCACCUCCCGCCGUCCCAAAACGGUCGUCGUCCGCGCCUACUUGCCGGGCCACGAAGACUGCCACGACCAGCGCGAGCCGUGGACGGAGGUGCUGCCGUACAGGUGGAAGUGGUAUAACUGGCCUUGGGUGGGCGAGUUUAAUAGGGUGUUUGAGAAUAUAUUGUCGUCGCCGUCUUACCCCGAUAUCCAUUUUUUGCCGAUCGAUAGGCCGGCGCGGUUGAGGCCUGAUGCUCACGCGACUGGCGACUGUUUGCAUAUCAUUGCGGGCCCUGGGGUGUUGGAGGGCUGGACGCAUUAUAUGUGGCAUUAUGUGACGAGGGAGGUGGGGGCUUGGGUGAGGUGAGGAGGAGGUGCUGCUGUGAGGGGUCCGAGAUGAUUGAUGGAAGGGGGAUUGGAAGGGAGGGACGGAAUUGGUACCCUCCGCACGUCACCGCUCACUCACUUUAUACACUCUGCCGUCUUCCCCACCCUCCGAAGGUCUUCGCUUCCUUUUAUUGGCCCUUUUUUUUUUUUUUCCCAGGCGCUUUCAAUCCUUCAAGUUCACUCCACCCGUUCCCGAAGGCACGCAAUGCAUCUUCGUCAUCGUCAUCGUCACCACCGACAUUCCAGCCACAGCAACUUGCUAUUGGAGAAGCCAUGAGUAUAUAUAUAUACCCAACUAUAUACAAUACCACACGAUACCCACACCCACACCCACACGAUUAUCUACGCUCGCUUGACUUGAUGCAUAAAACUUGGCCGGGAGGGACAGGGACUGGGACAUGGGCAUGGACUAUUAGUCAUAGUAGCAGCAGCAAUGCGGUAGUAGUAGGAGGGGGAGGAGAGGAGGAAGGGGGGG